CCGCAUCCAAUAUGUGCCUUGCCUUGUAAAUGUAGGGAGUGACGCAAUAGGCAGUAUUUCCACACACACACACACACACUCUCUCUCUCUCUGUCUGAAACCUUUGAUUGAGCAGAGCAGAGAGCAGACACUAUUUUAUGGUGCAGAGGACAACACUACCUGAAGGGCUUCUUCUCUUUUCCCAUGGCAGAUGGUGCCAAUGAAGCAACACCACCAACCUCCCACAAGCUUUGAAUGCUAACUUAACUUUCUAGCUAGUCCUCCUUCAAUGGGAACUCCACUUCUCUGGAAAGUCUUCGGUAUCUCGGGUCUAGCCCGUCCCCGGAGAAACCGAGCCGGAAGCACCUCUCCUGGCGGUCGCAACAGAAUCCUCCGUGGAGAUGUUGAAGAGGAGGAUCAGUUCCAGUACGCCAAGACCCACUGCCUCUCCUCGUACUACAGCGUUUUUGUCGCCCGCCUCGCCAUCAUGGUGAUGCUGGCAAUUUUGAUUGGGCUGCUUACCAUACUGACGUGGCAUUUCACGAGGAGCUAUACGGCGAAGUCGCUCGAGGGCUUAGCGUACGGGCUCCGGUACGAGCUCCUGCAGCGCCCGAUUCUUCGGAUGUGGAACAUCCUCAACUCGACGGUCGAGAUUACGACUGCCCAGGUGAAGCUGUCCGAGUACGUGAUCCGGCGGUACAACAAGCCUGUCACUCAGGCAGAACAAGUCGAGCUGUAUGAGAUGAUGAAGGCCGUGACGUGGGCGCUCUUCGCGAGCCAUAAGGCCCUGAAUGCGAUCACGAUCAACUACCGCAACGGGUUUGUGCAGGCAUUCCACCGGGACCACCGGAGCAACAACACGUACUACAUCUACUCCGACCUGUCCAACUACUCCAUCUCCUCCAAUCCCAAUACCGAGCCCCUCUCCUCGCUCGAGGGCUGGAAUGACCAGACGAUCAGGGGCAACCUCUCAGCAGUCUGGUACCGGGAGCCACUGGACCCGAUCAGUGGCGAGAAGAUUGGCAAGGCAGGGCCGAUACUCCCGGACGACCUGAUCAACAUUGCAGGUCUUUCCCAGGUCCCUGAUGGAGUGGCCUCAUGGCAUGUGGCAGUGAGCAAGUACUCGGACUCCCCGCUCCUCUCUGCAGCCCUGCCGGUGUGGGAUCCAUCUAACAAGAGCAUCGUGGCUGUUGUUGGAGUCACCACUGCGCUCUACAGCGUGGGCCAGCUGAUGAAGGAGCUCGUCGAGUUCCACAGCGGCCAUAUCUACUUGACCUCUCAGCCGGGCUACUUGCUUGCAACCUCGACAAACACUCCACUUCUGAUUAAUACUACCAAGGGCCCAAAGCUGAUGAUGGCUGCCGAUUCCCAGGACAGUGUGAUCAGGUCUGGGGCCGAGUGGCUGCAUCAGACUUAUGGAGACAAUUACCCCCCCAGCCACGAGGUUCAUGUCGAGAACGCGAGGCUUGGGAACCAGCACUAUUACAUCGAUUCCUUCUUCUUGAACUUGAAGAGGCUCCCCAUGGUUGGGGUGACUAUAAUUCCAAGGAAAUAUAUAUUGGGGAAGGUAGAAGAGAGGGCAUUCAAGACACUGAUCAUACUAAUUUCAGCAUCGUUAUGCAUCCUCGUCAUCGGGUGUCUCUGCAUUUUGAUACUAACGAAUGGCGUGUCCAAGGAGAUGAAGCUGAGAGCCGAACUUAUUAGCCACCUCGAUGCAAGAAGAAGGGCUGAGGCUUCAAGCAACUACAAGAGCCAGUUUCUCGCAAACAUGAGUCACGAAUUGCGGACACCUAUGGCUGCAGUUAUUGGGUUGCUGGACAUACUUCUAUGCGAUGACUGCCUCACAAAUGAACAGUAUGCGACUGUUACUCAAAUCCGUAAAUGCUCAACUGCUCUUCUCAGGCUUCUAAACAAUAUCUUGGAUAUAAGCAAGGUCGAAUCAGGAAAACUGGUGUUAGAGGAAGCUGAGUUCGACUUGAGGCGUGAACUCGAGGGACUCAUAGAUAUGUUCUCAGUUCAGUGCAUCAACCACAACGUGGAGGCUAUUUUAGAUCUCUCGGAUGACAUGCCAAAAUUAGUCCGGGGAGACUCCGCCAGAGUCGUACAAAUAUUCGCCAAUCUAAUCAGCAAUUCAAUCAAGUUCACUACUUCGGGUCACAUUAUCCUCCGAGGAUGGUGCGAGAACUUAAAUUCCCUUAACGAUGAUGCAAAGUUCUCUGUUGAACAUAAGAAGUCGCUCCGUGCUCUUAAGGCAAAGUUGAAACAACACGGAAGAAGCACGAAAAAGGCCUUGAAGAAAGACGACAGAGUUAUCCUUUGGUUCGAGGUCGAUGAUACCGGAUGCGGGAUAGAUCCGAGCAAGUGGGAGUCGGUCUUUGAAAGCUUUGAGCAAGCCGAUCCUUCAACAACUCGGCUGCACGGCGGCACAGGUCUUGGCCUAUGUAUAGUACGAACCUUGGUUAACAAAAUGGGCGGAGAAAUCAAAGUAGUGAAGAAGAACGGCCUAGGAACUCUUAUGAAGCUCUACUUGGUCCUGAAUACCCCUACUGACAGCUUGGAGCCGCUGCAUCGGGAGGAUUUCGCUCAGCAUGGCAUCCUAGUUCUUCUUGCACUUCAUGGAAGCAUGGGAAGAUAUAUAAUGUCCCGAUGGUUAACAGAAAAUGGAGUUUCUGCCUUGGAAGCAUCAGACUGGAACGGGCUAACCCAAACUCUUCGAGAACUCUUUUAUCCAAGAAGUUCAGAUGGCCACACAAACUCAUUUGGCUUGCACCAUUCAAGCGAUGUCUUCAGAGUGGACGAAGCACAGAACCUAAGGGACCAUGAGAGUCGGACACUCAUCAUAGUUAUCGAUAUUGCUUUGCUAGACUUGAGCACGGAGAUAUGGAAAGAGCAACUUAAUUUUCUCGACAGUUAUAACCCCAGAGCGAAAUUCGCUUGGAUGCUAAACCAUGAUACAUCCAAUUCUGUGAAAGUCGAACUGCGAAGGAAAGGACAUGUCAUGGUGAGUAAGCCACUCUACAAGGCGAAGAUGGUCAAUAUUUUGGACACGGUCAUAAAGGAGAGGAUAAGUUCCAGUCCUCUGAGAAAUAAAAGUACGAAAGAAGGAGAUUCACAUGAUUGCCUUGAGCUCGAGAAUAUACACUUUGAGGGAGUGAGCUCUGAUGAAUCUGACGCCAUGGAGACGGCUAAUAAUGCUGACUCAAGAAGUGAAUUCCCUGUCGAGGUAAAUAAUCAGAUGUGUUACCGGAAGAACUGUCAGGUAAACGAGUUUUCGUGUCAAACGAGGCAAACUUUAGACCAGCUAGCAGAUUUAGAAGACUUUAACCAUGCGGAUGAAGAUCCGGAAAGGAGGGACUUGAAAACCCAAGAAGAAAAAAAGUUGACAAGCAGGUGCCUUGGGGAGCAAGGAAACUUGGGCUCGGGCAAUUCAACAGCAAACAGGGACAAGUCCCUUGAAGGUUUAAGGAUAUUGCUAGCAGAGGAUACGCCUGUGCUGCAGAGAGUCGCCACAAUAAUGCUCGAGAAGUUGGGAGCAAAGGUAAUUGCUGUUGGGGACGGACUACAGGCUGUGAAUGCUUUGAACUGCAUGAAACUUGCAGAUUCCGGAGAUGACAACAGAAUAUCAGAACCCAUCAGGAUCGAGAAUUCUCCGCCCUACGACUUGAUCCUAAUGGAUUGUCAGAUGCCGAAGAUGGACGGAUAUGAGGCAACGAAAGAGAUCAGGAAGUCAGAAGCGGGAACAGAACUUCACAUUCCGAUCGUCGCUCUGACGGCUCACGCCAUGUCGUCAGAUGAAGCGAGAUGUUUAGAGGUCGGAAUGGACGCUUACCUGACAAAGCCGAUCGACUACAAGCUGAUGGUGUCCACAAUCCUGUUUCUCACGAAGAGAUUGGACUAACUAGACUAACAGAUGAGGAACGAGUUCUUAGGACCAGGAGCUAACGAAGAGAUUAGGAAGUUUGUAAAACUCUAAAGGCGAAGCUGAAUAAUGUCGAUAAGGAUAAAUAUCUAGCUGCAGAUUUUAUUGUACAACAUCCAUGUUUGGUGUGUGCUGAAUGCGAGUGCUUUUUGUAUGUA